AUGUCAAGUCCCUCCAAACCCACAUCACCCUUCGUGGAUGAUACUGAGCAUGGGCCAGGAUCAGGAUCAGGAUCAGGAUCUAACGGUCUCUCGUCCAUGUCACCUUUUGACGAUAGUUUUCAAUUUGAAAGGCCCAGCAAUGCACAUGGGAAUAUUGAAAUAGCUAAAACUGGCGGUUCCGUUUUAAAGCGACAAUCUAAGCCAAUGAAAGACAUUAGCACACCCGAUUUAUCAAAAGUUACUUUUGAUGGAAUCGAUGAUUAUAGUAACGAUAAUGAUAUUGAUGACGACGAUGAAUUCAAUGGUAAAAAAGCCGAGAUACAUGAACACGAAAAUGAGGUGUACGAUGAUCUUCAUUCAUUUCAGGCAACACCUAUGCCUAACACAGGAGGUUUUGAUGAUAUUGAAUUGGAUAACAAUGAUAGCAGUAACAUUGAUUUGCAAGCAGAUCAUAAAUUGAAAAGGGUACGUUUUGGUACAAGAAGAAACAGGUCAGGUAAAAUGGAUAUAAAUAGGUCAAAAACCUUAAAAUGGGCCAAAAAGAACUUCCAUAAUGCCAUUGAUGAAUUCAGUACUAAGGAAGAUAGCAUUGAAAAUUCGGCUUUGCAGAAUAGGUCUGAUGAAUUGAGAACUGUAUUCUAUAACUUACCCUUACCAGAGGAUAAGCUUGAUGAGGACGGUUUGCCCAUAAUAGUUUAUGCUCGUAAUAAAAUUAGAACUACGAAGUAUACUCCGUUAACAUUUUUCCCCAAGAACAUUCUUUUUCAAUUUCAUAAUUUCGCCAAUAUUUACUUUCUAAUACUGCUGAUCCUUGGUGCGUUCCAAAUAUUUGGUGUGACAAAUCCUGGUUUUGCCUCGGUUCCUUUGAUUGUUAUUGUCAUUAUCACUGCCAUUAAGGAUGGUAUCGAGGAUUCUAGAAGGACUGUGUUAGAUUUAGAGGUCAAUAAUACAAGAACGCAUAUUUUAACCGGUGUGAAAAAUGAAAAUGUUGCUGUUGAUAACGUUUCUUUGUGGAGACGCUUUAAGAAGGCGAAUACUAGAGCAUUGAUGAAGACUUUUGAAUAUUUUUCAGAAAACCUCACUGCUGCUGGUAGAGAAAAGAAAUUACAAAGAAAAAGGGAAGAACUACGCAGGAAAAGAAACUCGAAAAGCUCUGGCCCCCGUGGAUCUCUGGAUUCGAUUGGUAGUUAUAGAAUUUCUGCUGAUUAUGGUCGUCCCUCUUUAGACUAUGCGAACUUAAAUCAAACAAUUUCACAAGCCAACAACAGAUACAAUGAUGGAGAGAAUUUAGUUGAUAGGACGUUACAGUCAAACCCUGAAUGCAGGUUUUCAAAAGAUUACUGGAAGAAUGUAAAAGUUGGUGAUAUUGUUCGUGUUCAUAAUAAUGAUGAAAUCCCCGCUGAUUUAAUCUUAUUGUCAACAUCUGAUGUCGACGGUGCUUGUUAUGUGGAAACAAAAAAUUUGGAUGGAGAAACCAACCUAAAGGUUCGUCAAUCAUUAAAAUGUAGCAAGGUUAUCAAGAGUUCUAGAGAUAUUGCCAGAACAAAGUUUUGGGUGGAAAGUGAGGGCCCACAUGCCAACUUGUACUCUUAUCAAGGUAACUUCAAAUGGCAGGAUACCCAAAAUGGAAACAUCAAAAAUGAACCGGUCAAUAUAAAUAACUUAUUGCUGAGAGGUUGCACCUUAAGAAAUACUAAGUGGGCCAUGGGUAUGGUUAUAUUUACGGGUGAUGAUACUAAGAUUAUGAUAAACGCUGGUGUUACGCCAACUAAAAAAUCUAGAAUUUCAAGAGAGCUGAAUUUUUCUGUACUUUUGAAUUUUUUACUAUUGUUUGUCCUAUGUUUAGUCGCUGGUGUUGUCAACGGUGUUUAUUAUAAACAGAAACCUCGAUCAAGAGAUUUUUUUGAGUUUGGUACCAUUGGAGGCUCUGCCUCCACGAACGGUUUCGUUUCUUUCUGGGUAGCAGUCAUUCUUUACCAGUCACUAGUCCCUAUCUCUUUAUACAUUUCCGUGGAGAUUAUCAAGACAGCACAAGCUAUUUUCAUUUACACCGAUGUUUUACUGUAUAAUGCAAAGCUAGACUAUCCUUGCACACCGAAAUCAUGGAAUAUCUCCGAUGAUCUAGGGCAAAUUGAGUAUAUUUUCUCGGAUAAAACAGGAACAUUGACGCAAAAUGUUAUGGAAUUCAAGAAAUGUACGAUCAACGGUGUCUCCUAUGGACGUGCCUAUACGGAGGCAUUAGCUGGUCUGAGGAAAAGACAAGGUGUCGAUGUCGAAUUAGAGGGUCGUCGUGAAAAAGAAGAGAUAACAAAGGACAGGGAAAUCAUGAUUGAUGAAUUAAGAUCAAUGUGUGUUAAUACGCAGUUUUGUCCUGAUGAUUUGACUUUUGUAUCUAAGGAAAUUGUAGAUGAUUUAAAAGGAACCAGCGGUGACCGUCAACAAAAUUGUUGUGAACAUUUUUUGCUAGCACUCGCAUUAUGUCAUUCUGUUCUCGUGGAGCCAAAUAAGGAUGAUCCCAAAAAGCUGGACAUUAAGGCUCAAUCGCCUGAUGAAUCUGCUUUGGUUUCCACGGCUAGGCAAUUGGGGUACAGUUUCAUUGGUAAUUCGAAAAGCGGACUAAUAGUUGAAGUCCAGGGUGUUCAGAAAGAGUUUCAAGUAUUGAACAUUCUCGAGUUUAAUUCUUCCAGGAAGAGAAUGAGUUGUAUAAUCAAGAUUCCAGGUUCCACACCAAGUGAUGAACCUAAGGCACUGCUGAUCUGUAAAGGUGCGGAUUCUGUUAUCUAUUCAAGAUUAGAUCGUACUCAAAAUGACGCUAUUCUAUUGGAAAAGACGGCUCUUCAUUUGGAAGAAUAUGCCACAGAAGGUUUAAGAACAUUAUGUUUGGCCCAACGAGAACUUUCUUGGUCUGAAUAUGAGCGUUGGGUCAAGACUUACGAUGUGGCAGCUGCCUCUGUGACCAAUAGAGAGGAAGAGCUGGAUAAAGUCACGGACGUUAUUGAACGUGAGCUUAUUUUACUUGGUGGUACAGCCAUUGAAGAUCGUUUGCAAGAUGGGGUUCCUGAUUCAAUCGCCCUUUUGGCAGAGGCCGGUAUUAAAUUAUGGGUCUUAACAGGAGAUAAAGUGGAGACUGCUAUCAACAUUGGGUUCUCCUGUAACGUUUUGAACAAUGAUAUGGAACUAUUAGUGGUAAAAGCUUCUGGAGAAGAUGUACAAGAAUUUGGUGAUGAUCCUACUCAAGUAGUGAAUAGUUUGUUAACAAAAUAUUUGAAGGAAAGAUUUGGCAUGACUGGAUCCGAAGAGGAACUGAACGAAGCCAAAAAAGAGCAUGGUUUGCCACAAGGAAAUUUUGCUGUCAUUAUUGAUGGUGACGCGUUAAAAAUGGCUUUGAAUGGUGAAGAAAUGAGGCGUAAAUUCCUGCUGUUAUGUAAAAACUGUAAAGCUGUGUUAUGUUGUCGAGUUUCUCCCGCGCAAAAGGCUGCAGUAGUCAAACUAGUUAAAAAGACUUUGGACGUUAUGACCUUGGCCAUUGGUGAUGGUUCCAAUGACGUGGCCAUGAUUCAAUCAGCAGACGUUGGUGUCGGUAUCGCCGGUGAAGAAGGUAGACAAGCUGUCAUGUGCUCUGAUUAUGCCAUUGGGCAGUUCAGGUAUGUGACAAGGCUGGUGUUGGUGCAUGGUAAAUGGUGUUACAAGCGAUUGGCAGAGAUGAUUCCGCAGUUUUUCUACAAAAAUGUUAUUUUUACACUAUCACUGUUCUGGUACGGUAUCUAUAAUGACUAUGAUGGAUCGUAUUUGUUUGAGUAUACGUUUCUGACAUUUUAUAACCUGGCAUUUACAUCCGUACCAGUCAUAUUACUAGCCGUAUUGGACCAAGAUGUUUCCGAUACCGUCUCGAUGCUGAUGCCGCAGUUGUACCGUGUGGGUAUUCUAAGAAAAGAGUGGAACCAAACCAAAUUUAUUUGGUACAUGCUGGAUGGUGUAUACCAAUCUGUAAUAUGUUUCUUUUUCCCGUAUUUGGCAUAUCAUAAGAACAUGAUCGUAACCAAGAAUGGGCUUGGUUUAGAUCAUCGUUACUUCGUGGGUGUCUUCAUCACCGCAAUUGCAGUUACUGCAUGUAAUUUUUACGUCUUUAUGGAGCAGUACAGAUGGGAUUGGUUCUGUGGGCUAUUCAUAGCCCUCUCUUUGGCCGUGUUUUAUGGCUGGACAGGGAUCUGGACAAGUUCAUCGUCCAGUAACGAAUUUUACAAGGGUGCAGCACGUGUGUUUGCACAGCCCUCAUAUUGGGCAGUGCUUUUCAUCGGCGUAUUAUUCUGUCUUUUACCAAGAUUUACUAUUGAUUGUAUUAGAAAGAUCUUUUAUCCGAAAGAUAUAGAGAUCGUUAGAGAAAUGUGGUUGCGCGGUGACUUCGACCGCUACCCACAAGGUUAUGACCCCACAGAUCCCAGUAGACCUAGAAUAGAUGACCUACAACCCUUCACAGAUUUCAAAGAGCCUAUCUCUCUGGACACUCAUCUUGAUGGCGUCAGUCACUCACAAGAAACGAUAAUCACGGAAGAGAUACCAAUGAGCAUACUUAAUGGUCAGGAGGGCUCACGUAAGGGUUUUCGCGUAUCUACCACACUUGAUCGUCAUGACCAGGUCAGCCCCGUUAUGACUACUAUGGACUUACCGAGGAGGUCUAUGGCUAGUGCUCGCGGCAAUAAACUCAGAGCCUCGCUCGAUCGUACAAGAGAAGAGAUGCUUGCCAACCACCAGUUGGACACAAGAUACUCUGUAGAGAGGGCACGAGCAUCGCUAGACCUGCCGGGUAUCAACCAUGCAGAAACACUGCUCAGUCAGCACAGCCGAGACCAGCCGCGUUAA